UCACCUCGUCUCAGUCAAGAUGCGGUGUAAAUCUCUUCUCAUCUUAGCGAGUGCAUCCGCAACUUUGGCUUCCACUCCCGGUGGCUUUGAACCUGGCACGACGUCCAGUCUGAUAGUUUCCUUUGGCGACGUCGCUGCUGCAGAUGGAAAUGUCUUGGGAAAAGCCGGUCAGUUGUAAAACCGAUAUUCUUACCACGAUUCAAAGAUCACUAACGAGUACGAUAGCAACUCAAAAGGCUCCAACAAUUGGAACACAGUCCAAGGUGGAAGGAACAUCAUUUGCCGUCCUGAUGAUCGACCUAGAUAUCCCGACGGAUAGCCCACCGCAGACGUCCACUCUUCUACACUGGCUACAAACUGGUCUUACGCAGAGCACGACAGCGACGUCGAUAAACACCUCUGCGGGAAGUACGGACGCCUUUGUAUUCAAGAAUUCCCGAGGACAAGAGGCAUUUGCAAAAUAUAUCGGGCCUUCCCCUCCCGCAAGGAUUCCGCUAUCUCAUCGAUAUACCCAAAUUCUGGUAGAUACAUCUAGCGCUACAGAAGCCAAUCUCGAUAUUCUUAAGAACGCAGCUGCAAACAGGCAGGGUUUUGAUGCUCUAUCUGUCUUGACGCAAGCCGGACUGGGUGAAAAAGUAUUAGCUGGCAAUUUCUUCAACGUAACGAACCCCGGUCCAGUAACUUCCUCAAACGCGAACUCCACGACUGGUAAUGGCAGUGGAAGAGCUGGUAGUACUGGAACAGGAUCUGUUAUCAGCCCAACUCAAACGCCAUUCGUUCCUGGAGCAGCCAUGACGCAUACAGCAAGCGAAAUGUUGUUAGGAAUCGCGAUGGUUGGCGCUAUGUUCAUGAUUCUGUAAAUUGAAGGGGGUUUAGAAAAGGCGGUAGAGAAAGUAUCGGCACGCUCAAAAGAAAAAAAAAAGUAAAAUUUUACAGCUCGCAAAGCCGCAGCAGACCGUUCACGUUUGCCGAUAUUCCUACUCUAAGAUCCACGGAAAAUACGUCGAUAAUGACUCGGGCAUAGUCGGCUCGGUGUUUCGGAAACGCAAGUAAAUCAGAUUGACCCAUCUGAGCUACAUAGCAAACCUGCUCGGAGAGAUCCUGGCGGUUCCAAUGACGCGCACUUCCCCGACCCGCUAGGAAGCUUCAUGUACCAUGUAACAGUAAGCUCUACUUACAUACCUUUUCUCGCGGAUAAAUAACUACGCCCGGGGAAAUAAAGUUGUGUUAUGCCGAGUCUUACUAUCGUGGGAUAUCAUU